AUGACUCCACCAACAACACCAGAUGAACAAAGAUCAGAAAACAGACGUCAGCAGGCCGCUCAAAACAAUGGCCGAAGAAAGAAGCUUAAAGACAGGGCCAAGGCAUACAGAAGAAUUAUAGAAUUAACAACUGCAUUGAAAGAAAUACGCCUGAAGAAAUGCAAUAGACCAAGGGAAAUUUACGUCAUGGCGAAUUUUUUAUUUGGAAACAUCAUCAUUUUUCUAAUUUUUCGUUUAUGUGAUGGGAUCUUAUUAGAGACUAAUGAUGAAUGUCCAGUUCUUGAACAGCGCUUGGUUGACACUCAAGAUAAGGUGAAACUUCUUGAGGAAGAAAUAAAGCUUUUGAAGUCUAUAUCUUCAUGUCAUUGUCGAGAUGGAUGGAUACAUGGCAACGGUUCAUGCUACUACAUGCCGAAUCAAAAGAAGAACUGGAAUGAUGCACGUGCGUUCUGUCAGCAGCUUGGUGCACACUUAGCAGUGAUAGGAGCUCCGGAGGAAGACAAAAUUGUUUCAGACUUUCUGACUAGAGCACACAACAUGAGCAAUGCAUACGAGGGUGUAACUUAUGUCUGGUUGGGAGGAUAUGAUAGUGUGCAGGAAGGACAUUGGCACUGGGUGACUGGUGAACCAUUUGUUUACACUAAUUGGCGGGAUGGAGGACCUAGCAAUGGUGGUGCAGGAAGUGAAGAAGACUGCAUGGACUGGAGUAACGGUUGGAAUGAUAACCCAACUGUUGUGGACAUGUUUAAGAAAGCAGAGCAGUACAAGCCUUCGUCCCAGAGAGCUAUGUCCAUCACAAAUAAAGUAAGCUCAAUCAUUAUCAAAGAUUUACGACCAUUCCGUAAAGUCGAAGACGUAGGGUUUUAA